AUGAGUUUCACGGGCAAAGUAGUAUUCAUCAGUGGCGCGAGUUCUGGAAUUGGCGCAGCAGCGGCAAUUGAAUUUGCUAAACAAGACGCUGAUGUUGUAAUUAUUGGAAGAAACGAAUCGAAAAUGAAAAACGUAUAUAAACAAUGUGAGGUGCAUGGUAAGAAACCUUUAGUAAUCAAGGCCGAUAUAUCUAAAGACGAGGAAGCAAAAGCAGCAAUUAACAAAACAAUCGAUAAAUUUGGAAAACUCGAUAUACUGGUAAAUAAUGCGGGGAUUAUGAGGUUGGGAAGCAUUCUAAAUGGAAAUUUAUUAGAAAGUUAUGAUGAAGUAAUGAGUACGAAUCUGCGGGCGGUAAUGCACCUUACCACCUUAGCUACUCCGUACUUAAUUAAAACAAAAGGUAACAUAAUUAACAUAUCAAGUAUUGCGGGUGAAAUGAUGCCGACUGUACCAGAAUUCAUGCCAUAUUUCGUCUCUAAAGCAGCACUUAACCAUUUUACACGUUGUUCCGCGUCUGAACUAGCUGCUUAUGGUAUUCGAGUAAACUCUAUUAGUCCUGGACCAGUAAAAACGGAUUUCGGAGAAAAUUCUGGCAUCACCGAUCUUUUAACUAACGCUAAUUUUACUACGCCUCUUGAUAGAGUGUCCGAUGCUGUGGAAAUAGCCGACUUGAUUUUAUAUUUAUCAAGCGACAAAGCAAAAGGGAUCACUGGUUCCAAUUACGUAACUGACAACGGUUGCCUUAUAAAAAGUAAAUGA